CUCUAAACUAACAACAGACUAUUGAUAUCAACCAUGCGCCAAGUGACAGCAGUGGCCGGGGGGUUCAUUGCUGCGUCGGUCGACACAGCCAGCUGCUCAGAUGCGCUGCUAUGCUCAGGAAGCAAACAUUGAAUGCAAUUACAUCUCUAAAGUAGUUUACAGCUCAGGAAACGCGGCGGUUUCAGCGACUGCUGCGGGGUUACUGGGGGGUUCAGGGGCAAGCAAGGAGCGGAGGGAGAUGCGCCUGGCCGUCGUGAAGCAGUGGGCUACUCUUCCCCACGUGCUGCUGGGUGCCCCGACAACACCAAGGGAACCCAGCGGUGUGGUGCUUGACGGCAACGGCCUGGUGGAGAGCAUCGUCUACGAGGACAAGGUGGCUGCGAAGCCCCUGCCGGAGGUAACCGAUAGCAACGGUAUCGGCAGGGCCUUGUGUUCGGCUGACCUGGACCCCCAGUCCACCGACCGAUUGAGGGUGUUCGACGAGAUAAAGCGCCUGUCGGGCGACGCCAUCAAGCUGUACGCUAGCAUCGCCGGCCUGAGGGUGACGGCCGGCAACGAUAUGUGUCGGCCGCGCAAGCCAGGUGAGACGCCGGCGCAAGCGUAUGCGACCAUCGCGCGCGAGUCGCCGGUGUGGUGGGCUGACCUCGAGCGCCAGCUGCCGUGGCGGAUGCUGGACCUGACUGGGCAGCACGCUAUCGUUCGCGCGACAAAGGCGGUGGGCAGCACCGCAGAGGCCGCGUGGGUGGGCGCAGUCGGCCAGGUGCGUUUACUUAUGGGGCGGGGUGGACGGCGCAAUGUUUGGGCACAUAGGGGAAAUGCGGGGGAGCUGAAUGUCCGGUGCAUGUGCGGUGGGGCCUGAAGUGUAACAACCAACUGCUGUGUAGGUCCCUUCAGCAUCAUCCACGCCGGGACUGGCAAGCUGGAGGGCGGCCAUUUCUGCAUGCCAGGGUUUGGACUCAAGGUACGUGGGUACUGACGCUACGUAAGUGAUGCUUCAACACCUGCUGGCAGCCGCUAAGCGCAUGCUGUGCAAUUGCUAUCCAGGUCCUGCCCACUGACCUCACCAUCGUGGUCCUGAAGUGAACGACCUGGACGCCAGGACCGGCGCGGCGGCGGGCCCUCUGCAAACUGGUGUGUUUGCGGAGUUCGGCACGCCGCCUGCCAGGUUCGGAUACUCGCACUUUGUGCGGAUGCCUGCGCUAGACCGUGUCGCCCAAAUGGUCAAGGCGAUGGGCAGCCUGGGGGAGGUGACCAGGCAGCAAGUCGGGGGGCUGCGGAUGAUCCAGGAGGCAAAGGAGUCCGGCAGCAACAGUGCUGCCAAAAAGGCCGUACAUGCGCUGAAAGAUAUGGUGCAGGGCCUAGGGGCUCCUGAAGUACGCGGGGGUAGCGUGGCAUCGGUUGCUAGGUGGAGCAAGGAGGAUCCCUGGUACGAGGCAGUGUGCAAGUACCUGGGCUGGAGUACCGAGGGGCAGCAGGUGCAGGAACCGGCGGUGGGCAAACGCCGCGAAGGGGACUAGACUGCUGGAGACUUAGUAUGUGACGCGGGUGCGAGGGAGUGCUCAAGGUAGUGCCUGCCGCCAGAGGGCUUCUAGUAGCGCCCAGCGGCGUGUGCGGUGGCGUCAUGCGUGCACAAGCUUAGAAGCGCAAUAGCCAGGCGUACAUACGUGGUGGAUCGGGGCUCCUGCGUAUGCUGCUGUCUACUUGGUUGGAAAGGGAAGACGUUGCUUGACUACUGUGUAUGUGGUGCUGCGAUAGAUUGGGCUGCGGGUUGAGGUGUGCGUGUGGCUGGUCAUGAAGUUGCCAGGCUAUGGUUGCUGGCGGGGGAUUAGUAGGGAAACGAAAGGCGGAAGCCAGCGUGUCGGACAGACCUGGACUGGGCUACAUAGGCUGGGCACUUGCAGCACGCCCGCCGGCCUGACUGCGUGCCAGCUUACUGGUUAUGCUGGUGGCCAAUGAAGAGCGCGAGUGAGCUGCUGGUUUGUUUGACUUGUACCGAUGGCAAUG